CACUCGGCCUGGGUGGCCUUUUAAGUGUUUUAGGCCAUCGAAGGCUUUUAUUACUUGUAGCACUUAGUGCAGUAAUUGAUGUAAAAGCAGAUUGAAUCAAUGUGAUGGUGGAGCUGGCAAAACACAAUGCAUAUGAAGGCAGAAAAAUGUGUCAAGCAUUUUAACAGUGUCUCCAUAAAGUGGCAAAAAAUUAAAAUUUUAAUGCUAAAAGGGAAGAUUUGAGUUAUAUGAAGACAUUCUGCAUACUUUGGCAAGGCAUUAUUUUUCUAAUAGCUCACAAGUUGUAAGCUAAGGUCUUCUAGCAGCAAACCCCACCCUCAAAUACAGGCUGUAAGCUAUUUCAAAUACUAUGAGCCUUAUGAAAAUAUUUAGAAGGAUAUAUUAGGUGUAAUUGUGGGCUUGAAUAACACUCUGAAAUUUGAUUAGUUUUUUUUUUAAUGAAUGGUUAUUGAGCACUGUCUGUCCCAAGCAAAAUUCCAAGCACUUAACUCAUUUCAUCCUAAUAUCGGUGCAAGAAAGGGAUAUCAUUAUCCUUCAUUUUACAGAUAAGAAAACUGGGGCACAACGAGGUUAAGUAACUCAUCCAAGGUCACACAGCUUGUAAAUGGAUUUUAAACGGGGUAGCCUUGCUCCUAACUCUUAACCGCUGCCACAGUAGUAAAGUCCACCUUGAAAGGAGUAAUUUCAAUUGCACUAGGAGAGUGUUAAAAUUAAGAAAGAUGUGUUGAUAUAAAACACAAUUUUUAAAAAUGUUUGUAGAACCCUAAAAAUUCCUACUAAUUUUUAUAAAUUAGCUGAUACAGUCCAUAUGUACAUUAUGUUGACAGUUUCCAGUAACAAAAUCAGUGAGCCUCAAUGUAACUGCAAUGAAGUACAGAAAGGUGAACAUACAAGGCCAUUUGGAUGCAAAUCAGUAAAAUAAACCAUAAAGAUAUGAAUAUAAAAAAAUUAAGGUCUUCAGUGUUUUUCUACUUAAUCAUGAGCUAGUCCUUUCUUCACAUGUCAAAAUGUUUUAUGUGCUACCCUGCAUAUCAUGAAUAUUUUCUUAAACGAAAAUCAUUGGAGUUUGUCAGCUUAAGCAAGAGCUUUUGUGUUUAUGCUGAAAUAGAUCUCUAAAACUUUCUUUCACCCUGAGAGAAAGAACGUUCCCCUAGGAUACAGCAGAUCAUGCUUUAUGGCAGGCCGUUUUAUAGUUUAUCACAUCUCCCCAGCAGGGACCAAACCAGUAAAAUAAAGCUUAACUGUGAUAAGUGGACUUACGUGUUUAUCUUUAUGGCAGGGUUACAUGUUUUCUCUCAUGCCUUUCUCCCAUCUGUGUUUUCGAUGAUGCACCCAAAUGAUGUAAUGGUGCCAAAUGGCCCUUUAAUGGUUUUUCCCUAAGAAUUAGUGAAUUAUAAUCCUCUUCUUUCCAAAGGUAACUGCCAUCCAAAUCCUGGGUCUACUGGGAUUUAUUGCAUGCACAGUGUUCUUAGCCACUGAUUUGGGGGCCUGCCAAAUGCUUACUCAGUACUCUAAUGUGUUGAGAAGGAAGCGUUAUAGGUCUCUCAAAAGUAGUGGAAGCUCCAGCAGACCAGAUACCUACCAUUCAACAUAUUUAUCAACUGUCAGCAUAACAGAAAUAAACCUGGAAACUUCUUUUACACACAGACUUCUAAACCAAGCAUUGUGAAUCAUGCAGGUAUAUGCUUUAGGUUGGGCUUUCCCCACCUCCCUAAUUGAGGAGCAUUUAUUGAAGAGACUGCCUGCAAAGGUAUGUGCAUGAUUAAGGGGAUCUGACAAACUAUGGUGAAAUACUGAGUGCUGGCAACAGCUUGGGGCCAUUCCUGCAUCCUGAAGGAGCAAGAGGAGGGUAGAGUUACCAACCUAGAGAGAGAACUUCAAGGCCACCUGUGAAGGAACUAUGGACUCUGGCAGAGGAACACAGCCACCAGCAGAAAAGGAGCCAGAGGAAUAAAUACCUGGACCUCACUGUCUGCUGGUACAAUCUGUUGCAUGGCAUUUUGGUGAACUGUAGGAUUAUUUACAGAAAGUUACUUGUUGAACAGCAUAGUAUGUUCACUUGGGCAAUUCGAUGGGUUAAUUUCUUCCACCACCUAAGCCUAUAUCUGAGAGCAGCCAAGUAAGCUAUAUGAAUGCCGACUGCGGUCAAGUGGGGUAAUGCUUCAGCAACACAGCUGCAAUAAGCUUGUAUUCCAACAUACACGGACUGGCAUGUUUGUAGCACUGCAAGAAGGUGAUCGCUCUGAAGGAGUCUGAAGGAAAGGGAACCCUCAUUUCACCACGUAAUCAAGAAGAGAUUUCCGUUAAACAUAGAUUCACUCCUGGCUGUACAUUUACUAGCUUUCAUUCAUUCAUUUGGUGAAUAUUUAUUAAGUGUUUGCUCUAUGCUGACACCAUUGUUCCAGGUAUUAAGGAUAGAGGAGUGAAAAAACAAGAUGCCUACCUUUAACGUGGGGAGAUGGCUGAUACUUGCACACAAGCAAGAUAAGUUCAAAUGGUGACAAGUAAAACAAGGUAACUGGAGAAUGAUGGGGGAUGGUCAGGGGAGUGUCUAGGGUGGUGACAUUUGAGCUGAGACUUUAACCUUAUUGUUCCAUGCUUAGGGAGGGUUGGGGAUGGGGUGGCAGGUGGUGGGCAGAGCGGUGAGUUAGGAAGGAAGAAGAGUGGUAGCAGCUGAAGUCUAUAUCCUUAGAGUAAUGUGAAGACAUUGGACGGUUUUAAGAAGGGAGAAAUGAUUUGAUUUACAUGUUUGGGAUCCCUCUGAUGACUCUGUUGAACUUCGAUUGAGGUGAAACUGGAAGCAGGACACUAAAUUUGGAUGGCUUAGCCUAGGAUGGAGGUGGUGGAAAUACAGAAAAGUAUAGGGAGACUAUAUAUAUACACACACACACAUAUAUAUAUAUAUAAAAUCCCCUAAUUUUCCUAAUGAGAUUUUUAGGUGUUUUAUUUAUUUAUUAUUUUGGAGAGACAGUGUCUUGCUCUGUCCCCCAGGCUGGAGUUCAGUGGUGUGAUCAUAACUCACUGUAGCCUUGAACUCCAUGGCCCAUGUCAUUUCCAGUUACAGCCAGGACAUCAUAGUCAAAUGAGUACUUGCUAUGGAAAAAGAGAAUAGAGAAGGACAUUAGUGUGCAACUAGCAAGCAGGUUGUCACUAGAUAGCAUGGGACAGCUGGUUUUUCUGUACAUUCAUAUAUGUCUUGUAUACAUAUAUGAGUAUCCUUCCUUAUCCAAAGCUAUUCAGUCCCUGAAUUCAGAGAGCAAAAAAAGGAAUGUAGGUUUUUGUGAUUGCUACAACUUAACCACUGACUGUAUUUCUAUUUAAAGUGAUCAUUAAAAGGCUGGAAGAGUCAUACCAUACAAAUAAUUACAAAAUCUGUUUUUAAAUUUCUUUGUCUCUUCCAUUUUAAACAAUUCUGUCAGUUGGAUCUCCAAAGGGAACCAAAACUAGCACUGAUUGCAGCCAAUUCAGAAGGAUAUGUCUUUUGCAAAUGGCACUUUUUGUUCAAAGAAGGUAAUUAUGAGAGAGCCCUGUAAUAAGAGGCUUUGGAAGGACUCUAAUGUAAGGGGAUUUCUUAGUUUCUGAGAGAUAAUUGCGGGAGGAGGGGUUCUUCACCUUAUAUUUAGACAUUAAGGUAGGGUGGACCAGGUCACCUGCAGAGCAGCGCCAGUUGGGGGGAGUUUAUUUGGUAACAUAAGGAAAUAUUCUCUCUUUUUCUUUAACUGUAAUAUGAGGGGAUAAUUAAUAUGUAGCUUUCUUUGCAUGAUUGUGAAAAUCAUGAAAGGUGUUAGAUAUGUAGCAGAAUAUAUGCAUCACCUAAUAUGUACUACACAACGUUGAGAGGUAAACAUGCACAUCCUCUAUCUUUGCAAAAAUCGGUGUUGGCAUUUGACAGUCAGCUGUGUUUGUAGUGACAAUAUUUGCCUGGCAUACAGUACGUGUUCAAUAAAUGAUCACUUUUAUUGUUAUAAAAUGGGAAAUAAGGAAAGUCUAUGAAUAGCACAACUUUAAGGCAUUUGAAUGUUCACUCAUCAUCUCAUCUGCAUUAGUCCUAUUCUGUCACGGAUGCCUUCUUAGUAAGAAUUAUUCUGAAAUAAUAGAGAGCUUUGGUGGAAGCUUAUUAAACAUUUUUUCUGAGCAAACUUCUAUUUAGAGGGAAUCUGCCUUGAAUUGUUUCAGAGAGCUCUGUAUUCCAUUUUCUCUCAGAAUAAUAAGGCUCCCCUGUUCCUCUCUUCUGGGCAGUGCUGUGAACUGUCGUGCAUAUUUAAAUAGCUGGAAUUCAUUGGAGUACACCAAGCAUUUUUCUCAAAAUGUUGUGUUUGCCAUAAAAUUUCGGGCUCUGUGGGGUUUGAUAUAAUGUCUUGCUUGCCCCUUGGGAUAUUAUAAUCAUUGUGGAAAGAUUCUAUACGUUUUGCUCCAAUAUUGUCCAAAGAUUCAUCUUGACUGUUGUGUAGGCAUUUACUUCUAUUUGACAAUUUGGUAUUUCUUCAAAUGCUUUGUGUCCAUUCAUGAGGGCGAUGGUUUCAUUGGAACACUGCAGUCACCAGGGAGAAGGCCCUGUGCUCUUCCCUGAUAGGCUGGCUUUCCCUCUGCCUCCUGUUGCUAUGGUGCCAGCAGAGUAACUUCCUUGCCCUGCACAUGCAGAAGGCUCAGUCUCCAUGGAUACCCCACUCUGAGACUGUACUCUACUGAGAUAUGAGCUGCACACACUGUAUUUCUGCAAAAGACAUACCCCAGUCUGUGCUGGGAGGUUGUUUGCAGAGGCAAUGUUUGCCAUGAAAGUCUACGGAGCUUACCUUCUAAGUAGUGAAGCUGAUUUUAGCUCCUCGAGCAGCACAGGCAGCAUUUCCGCUCCUGAGGUCCAUAUGUCGACUGCGGGAAGCAAGCGGUCUUCUUCUUCACGCAAUCGAGGUCCUCAUGGGCGGAGUAAUGGAGCUUCGUCACACAAGCCUGGCAGCAGCCCAUCAUCCCCGCGGGAAAAGGACCUUCUGUCCAUGCUGUGCAGGAAUCAGCUGAGCCCUGUCAAUAUCCAUCCCAGUUAUGCACCUUCUUCCCCAAGCAGUAGCAAUUCAGGCUCCUACAAAGGAAGCGACUGUAGCCCCAUCAUGAGGCGUUCCGGAAGGUACAUGUCUUGCGGUGAAAAUCAUGGUGUCAGACCCCCAAACCCAGAGCAGUAUUUGACUCCUCUGCAGCAGAAAGAGGUUACAGUGAGACACCUCAAAACCAAGCUGAAGGAAUCUGAGCGCCGACUCCAUGAAAGGGAAAGUGAAAUCGUGGAGCUUAAGUCCCAGCUGGCCCGCAUGCGAGAGGACUGGAUUGAGGAGGAGUGCCACCGGGUAGAGGCCCAGUUGGCACUCAAAGAAGCCAGGAAAGAGAUUAAACAGCUCAAACAGGUCAUCGAAACCAUGCGGAGCAGCUUGGCUGAUAAAGAUAAAGGCAUUCAGAAAUAUUUUGUGGACAUAAACAUCCAAAACAAGAAGUUGGAGUCUCUCCUUCAGAGCAUGGAGAUGGCACACAGUGGCUCUCUGAGGGACGAACUGUGCCUAGAUUUUCCAUGUGAUUCCCCAGAGAAGAGUUUAACCCUCAACCCCCCUCUUGACACAAUGGCAGAUGGGUUAUCUCUGGAAGAGCAGGUUGCUGGGGAAGGGGUUGACAGGGAGCUACUGGUGGGAGAUAGCAUAGCCGAUGGCACAGAUUUGUUUGAUGAGAUGGUAACAGCCACCACCACAGAAUCUGGUGACCUGGAGCUUGUGCAUUCCACCCCUGGGGCUAAUGUCCUGGAGCUGCUGCCCAUGGUCAUGGGUCUGGAGGAGGGCAGUGUGGUGGUGGAGCGAGCCGUACAGACCGACGUGGUGCCCUACAGCCCCGCCAUCUCGGAGCUCAUUCAGAAUGUGCUGCAGAAGCUGCAGGACCCCUGUCCCUCGAGCUUGGCGUCCCCUGAUGAGUCUGAACCAGACUCGAUGGAGAGCUUCCCAGAGUCCCUCUCUGCCUUAGUGGUUGAUUUAACUCCAAGAAAUCCAAACUCAGCCAUCCUUUUGUCUCCCGUGGAGACCCCGUCCGCCAAUGUGGAUGCAGAAGUCCAUGCAAACCGCCUCAUGAGAGAGCUAGAUUUUGCAGCCUGCGUGGAAGAGAGGUUGGAUGGUGUCAUCCCACUGGCUCGCGGGGGCGUCGUGAGGCAGUACUGGAGCAGCAGCUUCCUGGUGGAUCUCCUGGCUGUGGCUGCCCCCGUGGUCCCCACGGUUCUGUGGGCAUUCAGUACUCAGAGAGGGGGAACGGAUCCUGUCUAUAACAUCGGGGCCUUGCUCAGGGGCUGUUGCGUGGUUGCCCUGCAUUCGCUCCGCCGCACCGCCUUCCAUAUCAAAACCUAAAUAGAAGUUGUUGUUACUGUGUGCCAAUGUGUCCCAUGUGGGUUGUGCCAGGUAGAGAAACAGGAGGUCGAUCUGUGACGGUUUCUAUUCUGUCGUUUUGCUCCUCGGUAUUUGAUUUGCACUAUAUUUAGUUGAAGCCUGUUCACUGUUUAAAACCGGAGGUAUCUUCAAAGGCAUGGAGACCUGGUUCUAGUAAAUGUCCCACCAGUGCGGUAUAGAAAGCAUGCUCAUGACCCUGCCGUGUCGUCUGAGGUACCCGUUCUUAUCCUAGUGGUUCAGGAAGAGAAAAUGCAGUUUGCACUUUCAAGACAGCUUCUCUAAGGCUGGCAUGUUAUCUCCUUGCUUUGCUUUGUGCCGUUUUAAAAUGUGUAAUCGUUCCAGCAUUCCAAUGGUCUUGUGCAUAGCAGGGGACUGUAACCAAAAAUAAACAUGUAUUUGUGUAAUUGGUUUGAAGAAGUCUUGAAUAGCUCUUUAGUGUCUUACUUGGGGUUGAUAAGAUUUGAGUGUCUGCAAUUUUUUACUAAAUGUAGCUACAAAGUCUUAAAUGGCUUGUUUGUUCUUAAACUGUUAAUUGAUGAAACUGUGCAUAAGUUUACAAUGUACUAACUUAUUUUGCUUAUUAUAUAUAGUGUUUUGUUGGAAAUUGUAACCACACACUUCAGCAUGAUGAAAAUAAAGAUUAGUGUUUCCAUUUAAAUAAAUGUUUUAUCCUCCUAUAAAAUAAUUAUCUCUGUGAUUUUACUUCUAUGUAUAAGAAAGACAAUGAAUAGCAGAUCUAACAUCUUAAUCAAUAGGGGUCUGUAAAAAUUGAAUUAAAUUAGAAAGAGGGAAAAAGAGUUAUUAAAUAAAGGUGAAGAUUUCCUACCCUUA